AUCCCUUCCACGUGCCAUAAUAUCAAUUGAACUUCUGUAGCUAUCAGUCGCGAAUUACUUAGCGCGCGUUCAGGUGGUGACCAACUUUAUUCUAUCGGCAGCAGUCCCAUAAUAUUUGAUAAUAUGGCUUCAAAGACAGAAAAAAUUGGAAUUAUCGGAAGUGGACUGAUCGGUCGUAGCUGGGCUAUGUUAUUCGCCGGCGGCGGUUAUAAUGUGACGAUCUACGAUAUCGUCGAUGCGCAAAUCACCGAUGCUUUGAAAGACAUUCGCGAACAGCUAGACCGGCUGCAAGAAACUAAUCUCCUGCGCGGAAGUUUGACCGCUGACCAACAGUUCAAAUUGAUCAAAGGGACCACCAGUUUGGCUGAAACUGUUAAAGGAGCAUCAUUCGUUCAGGAAUGUAUACCUGAGAAGCUUGAAUGGAAAAUUAAGCUUUACAAUGAGUUGGAUAAACUUAUCGACGACAAGGUCAUUUUAUCUUCGUCAACUUCAACUUUCCGUCCAUCGCUGUUUAGCGAGCAGCUCAAGCAUCGUGCUCAAGUACUCGUAUGCCACCCUGUAAACCCGCCAUACUACGUCCCCUUGGUGGAAAUCGUACCGUCCCCAUGGACCUUGCCCGAAAUUAGGGUGAAGGCGAGAGAAAUCAUGACAGAGAUCGGUCAGGCGCCGGUGUCAUUGACCCGUGAAAUUGACGGGUUUGCAUUGAAUAGAAUACAAUACGCCAUUUUGAACGAAGCGUGGCGUUUGAUUGCGGAUGGUGUUUUAGACGUGAAAGAUAUGGACAAGGUAAUGAGCGAAGGUCUUGGCAUGCGGUAUGCAUUCUUGGGGGCGUUAGAAACUACUCAUCUGAAUUCGGAGGGUAUAGCACGGUACAACGAAGUGUACAAAGAGACAAUGUGGAGCGUCAGUAAGACGAUGGGACCCGUUCCGAAAUUCGAGGGUGAGGUGGCGAAAAAAAUUGCGGAACAAAUGAACGCCAUCACUCCAUUAGACAAAUUGCAAGAAAGAAGAGCCUGGCGUGACGAGGCGUUAACUAAACUAUCGACAUUGAAAAAGGAGUUGGACGACAAAUGGAAAAAUGAACAUUGUUGAUAAAUAGCAGGUAUGAAGUUGUCAAUGAUGUUUCUUGAUUCCGUUUCCCUCCAUUUUAUUUCAAGACAUGAGAAAACUGUAAGUGCUCUCAUAAAUUAUUAACAUUCCAUUUUAUUAAGUCGUUGCAGAGAUGAUAAGAAAGUGCGAUAAUAAUUAUCUAACGUAAAACGAACAAUAUUCAGAUAUAUGAUGGUAAUAAAAAUUAUCCUUUUAUCAUUA